CUCGCUCCAUCGAUCAGAAUCUCCGCAUAUGAUAUGAUAUCAGACCAUUUUCUUCUUUUUCUCUUCUUUCUCUGUCCCUUUUCUCUGUAUAUAUAUUCCCAUCGCCAUUAUUUAUGCAAAUACACCUCACUCCAUUCCUCUUUUUUAUAAAAAUUUUUCGUUUUUGAUCCAUCCUCCCAACGAUUUAUCGAAUCGAGGAUCUGGGUUCUCCGGAGAAGGCGAAGAUCAAUCAUGGGUUCGCUUCCUCCUGAGCUCAGUUUGGAUUUCAGACCCAGUUUCGUCCCCAAAACGAUCACCGAUUUCUUCAAGGAGGUCUCCAUGAUCGCGAAUGUGCCCGAGAGGGUCGCCAAGCUCAACGAUUUCGUCAGAAAUUUGGAGGAGGAAAUGAGGAAGAUCGAUGCCUUCAAGCGGGAGCUUCCUAUGUGUAUGAUUCUGUUGAAAGAUGCCAUUUUAGCUGUGAAGGAGGAGUCAAUCCAAUGUGCAGCUCCCAAAACUCGACCGGUUUUGGAAGAGUUCAUACCUCUGAAGAAAGAACAAGAUGUAGAAGAAGAAGAUGAAGAAGAUGAUGGUUUCAGGAAAGGAAAAGAGUAUAGAGAUCAGAAGAAUUGGAUGAGCUCUGUUCAACUUUGGAACUCUGAUGGUAAUCACCACAGUACUGAUUACAGCUACGAUCGGAAACGAGAUUCCAAAUUUGAAACUAAGAGAAAUGAGAAAGGAGGAGGCCCUGUAGUGACUCAGGUUUCUUGUAGAAAUAAGAAUGGAUUGAGGAGCCAGGGCCAUGUGCCAUUUAAGGCAUAUUCUGUGUUUCCUCCAGGCAUGGCUGUGGGGAAGGAGGAUAAGGAGGAAUUUCCAAUUCAUGGGCUCUCUCUUUGCACUCCAGGAAUCAAAAAUCCAACAGAGGAAUCAGCUUCUAGUGGCGGUUCGAGAUCGAGUGGGACUAGAGCAGUUUCGUCUUCCACACUGACUGCUUCGGCAAAUUUACGAACCGGAUUGCAGCAACACCAACACCAGCACCAGCACCAGUCUUCUCGCAAGCAGAGGAGAUGCUGGUCGCCCGAGUUGCAUCGCCGUUUUGUUAGCGCCUUGCAGCAACUGGGAGGCUCACAGGUGGCCACGCCGAAGCAGAUUAGAGAACUUAUGCAGGUCGAUGGCCUCACAAAUGACGAAGUGAAGAGUCAUCUGCAGAAAUACCGACUCCACACGAGAAGACUUCCAGCAUCUACAGUCGCCCCCGCAAACCAACCCGUUGUCGUACUCGGGGGAUUGUUGAUGCCCCAAGAUCAGUACGGCGAUUCAUCAAAGGCAUGCAGUUCUCAGUCUGGCUCACCCCAAGGCCCCCUUCAGUUAGCAGGGACCGGUGGGACGUCGACCACGGGCGGUGACAGCAUGGACGACGACGACGACUUAAAGUCGGAGAGCUACAGCUGGAAGAGCAGAAGUAAAAAACCAGGAAAUGAAGAUGCAUAAGAAGAGUUUUCCCACACCAUGAAUUUUGAAAACAAAAAGCAAAAGAAGAAAAGAAGAUAUAUUAUAAGGUACAUAAAAAAAAAGGUGAAGGAUGUUGUGUUGAGAGAGAUAGCAAAGAGGGUCUGAAAUUUUGCAGGAUUAGUGUCCCUUCCCCUUGAGUAGUAGAAAGUACUGUUUGUGUUAAAAAUGGUACAAAAAAGUUUGUAGGAAAGCUAAAGCCAAUGUUUAUGUGAAGAAACCAAGUUCAUCUUCCAAUCUUGUUACCAAGAAAAGGAAAAAGGGAAAAACAAAAUACAUCUCAUGAUUAUAUAAAUACCAUUACUUUCUUUACCA